CCGCUGGGGCGGGGCCGUCGCCUGUCGCGUAGCAGCGCGGACGCGGCGCCAUGGCGGGUGCGGGGGCGGCCGGGGAGGAGGCCGAGGCGGCGGCGGCCGGGGAGGAGGCCGUGAAGAUCAUCUGCCUGGGCGACAGCGCCGUGGGCAAGUCCAAGCUGCUGGAGAGGUUCCUGCUCGACGGCUUCCGCCCCCAGCAGCUCUCCACCUUCGCGCUGACGCUGUACCAGCACCGCGCCCGCGUGGGCGGCAGGCCGCUGCGCGUGGACUUCUGGGACACAGCUGGACAAGAGAGGUUCCAGAGCAUGCAUGCGUCCUAUUACCAUAAGGCUCAUGCCUGUAUCAUGGUGUUUGAUGUUCAGCGGAAAGUCACCUACAAGAACUUGAGCAGCUGGUACAAGGAGCUGAGAGAGUUCCGCCCGGAGAUUCCUUGUAUUGUAGUGGCCAACAAAAUUGAUGCGGAUAUGAAGGUGACCCAGAAAAGCUUCAACUUUGCCCGGAAGUUCAACUUGCCCUUUUACUUUGUGUCUGCUGCAGAUGGCACCAACGUAGUGAAGCUCUUCAAUGAUGCUAUCGAAAUGGCAGUUGCUUACAAACAGAAUUCAGGCGAUUUCAUGGAUGAGGUCAUGCGAGAGCUGGAGGGCUUUGACCUGCAGAAGAAGAGUGAGGACUUGUCGGAAACAGAGGAGAGCUGCGCUGAAGAGAAGCCCCCAUCUGCCUAAAGCCUCGAAUUCUGAGUUUGUUGUUUCCCAUUUCCCUGGAUUUCUGGGGUUAGUUAGGGCUGGCCUUCGCAGAGGAAAGUGAUCUUCUCGUGCACUCAGUACUCUGGUGGUGAACAGCUGGGCCUUUCCCCUUCUUGCAAGUGUCUGGGCAUGGCCUUCCUUGACCGGGCCCUGCCCCCUGCACACCAUGGUCAGGGAGAGGGCGAGAAUAUCCGCAUGGUUGCUGCAUGUUCCUUAGAGGCUGCGCUUGCUGGGAGAGCUGAGUCACGCUUGGAUCUGCAGGGAAGAGUCCUGCCCAGAUGCUUUAGUAGUACCUACUGGAGAAAACAAACACUAAAGAAUUUUUUUAUAAAGCUUUGAGCUUGGGUCCUGCACUUUUGUUAUAGUGCAGUCCAGUUACUGCAAAGCACAGGUCAAACUGCCAGUCCUCCCCAUUGCUUUAUAGCUUAUCUAGUGCUGCCUCUCUCUCUACCCAUUUGAUCUCUGCUGCACCGUUUCUCUGGGUUUCCCUUCCCAUUCUGUUCUGGAGCAGCCAAAUCCAGUGGACUUCUGGACUCAGGGAAAUUCUUUUUUCAGGCCUGCUAGAGCUGAAUGGGGUGGACUCUCACACCCAGAAGGUUUCUCCCACCCCAGUCUGAUUGAUGGAUGUGGCUGCUGCUGUUCCAGUGUAUGGAUCCAAAGGCUUAGUGCGUAUUCCAGAGAGCCAGGUACAUACUCAAACAUGCACAUGCGUACACGACUCACGUGACUCACAGAACCGAUUAAUGCAGGUAGUGGGUGCUGGUAAAGGCACAACUCUUAAAACAAACAGCACUCACAUGAACAUAGCCCAUUCCUUUUCUUCUACAGCUGCUCACGAUUGAUGUUCACUAGUGAAGCACAAACAUGCUUCCUUACUUAGACUCCGAAGCAGCUCACACCCAUAGAUCCCUUGAAUAUUAGCAGGGCAUUAAGCCCAUCUAAUAUCCAUGCCCAGAUGCCACGCUACUUAGUCAUCGGCUGAGACCUUGGGCCUUUCCAGAUGUGGGUCUCAUCUUGUUUGUGUGCUAGUCCAACUUGACAUUUGCUUGUGAAUUGCGCGCACACGCACACACACACACGCGCGCGUGCAGAGUAGCUGGCCCUGGACACCUGGUGUUUCCAACUGCCGGCUCCCAGGCCAGUGGGCCCCGUGACCUGUGCUCCCUUCUCCCACUGCUAGCACUCAGGCCUCUCGACACACACAGGGAAGAGAGCAGGGUUGCACAGAGAAUGGUUUGAAAUAGCUUUUAUAAAGAAGGUAACAUAGCCUGUGGUGAUUGGCUGCGAGGCUCGGUUAGAUGAGCAGUCUGUUUAUGUGUGACUGGUCCCUUUAUUCCCCCUGCUCUCCAUUUUCCCGUGCUUAUACUUCUCCUUCAUCUACCUUGACCCCUCCUUUUUUCCACCCUGGUCUCCUUCCAAAUAAACAACCCACCCCCAGUUACUUUUA